CAGAAGGAAUAUUAUUUAUGAAUUUUUGAGAAAAGUAAUUAUCUACUCUCAAUUUUCUACCACCAUAUAUUUCCCUUUCAGCUCAAUAUAUAACGAAGCUCAGUCUCAUCAGUGUCACAGUCCCACACUUUAUUUUCUUCCCUUCAAGUCCUUCAACAAUGGCAACUUCCACAUCCUCAAUUUUCUUCUUUGUACUCUUAUUCACCUCAGUUCUUUCACGAACAUCUCUGUAUAGUCCCUCAAGAACAACAAACCUCGACGUUUCUUUCUCCAUUAAGAACGCCCUCAAUGCUUUAACCCCAGUCGAUUCGUCUCUGAAAUCUGAAGAGAACAAAGUUUCUUCAUCGUCAUCAUUUCUAUCAUUAAGUCUGCAUCUUCAUUCUCGAAGAGCAGUUGGUGGUAAUUUACAUGAAAGUUACAGCUCAUUGAUGCUUGCUCGACUUGAACGUGACUCAGCACGAGCUAAAUCACUUCAAAAACGAGUAGAUCUGACAGUACAUGAUAUCAGGAGAGCGGAUCUCAAGCCAGUUGAGACCGAAUUCUUCCAAGCUGAUCAAGAAAUUGAUGGACCAAUAAUCUCAGGGACAAGCCAAGGAAGUGGUGAGUACUUCUCACGUAUUGGAAUUGGUCAUCCUGUAAAGCAAGUGUACGUGGUACUAGACACUGGUAGUGAUGUUAGUUGGAUACAAUGUGCACCCUGUGCUGAUUGUUACCAGCAAGCCGACCCAAUCUUCGACCCAAAUCUGUCAAAAACGUACUCAUCUUUGUCAUGUGAGACAUCACAGUGUAAGUCACUCGACGUCUCACAGUGUCGCAAUGACACUUGCCUAUACGAAGUGUCGUAUGGCGACGGCUCGUACACAGUGGGGGAUUUUUGUACGGAGAGCAUCACGUUCAGUGGUGCUUCUUCUUCUGUUGAGAAUGUAGCUAUUGGUUGUGGACAUAACAACGAAGGUUUGUUCGUUGGUGCUGCUGGUUUAUUAGGCCUUGGCGGUGGUUCGUUAUCGUUCCCUUCGCAGAUAAAGACUUCUCAUUUCUCGUAUUGCUUAGUAGACCGUGAUUCGGAUUCUACUAGCACUCUGGAGUUCGGCGGGGCCACCCCGCCGAAUGCAGUGACAGCUUCGAUCAUACGCAACUCGAAGCUGGACACUUUUUACUAUCUUGAUUUGACUGGACUUAGUGUAGCAGGGAAUUUGCUUCCGGUAUCUCAGGAAGCAUUUAAAGUGAGCGACAAUGGCGACGGCGGUGUGAUUAUAGACUCCGGUACGGCGGUAACGAGGUUGCAAACGAGCGUGUACAACACGCUCCGAGAUGAGUUCGUUAAGGGUACGAGGCAUUUAAAGUCGACUAACGGCGUCGCGUUAUUCGACACGUGUUAUGAUUUGAAAGCAAUGGAAAGUGUUGAGGUGCCAACGGUAUCUUUACAUUUUUCUAACGGUAAAGAAUUGCCGUUACCGGCUAAGAAUUACCUGAUACCUGUUGAUAGUAACGGUACGUUCUGUUUUGCCUUCGCUCCGACGUCGUCGUCGCUAUCGAUUAUUGGUAAUGUACAACAGCAAGGGACACGUGUCAGUUUCGAUUUGAAAAAUUCACUCAUUGGAUUCUCAUCUAACCAAUGCUAGUGGUAGUACUAAUAGGUCUAAUUUGUUUAUUUCCUGUUUUACCCCUUAGGUAGAAAGUAAUUUUCAGUUUUAGACUGGUUGGGCCCACUUGGUAUAACUGUAACGUGAUAAAGUGGGUCAUGGUUCAGUGUGUGUGUGUUAUUAUUGCAAUUUCAGUGGGGUAUUGGGUUUUUGUAUAGUAAAUUGUUGAUAGUAUGAGGGGUAUUAAUGGCAAUCUAUGGAAAAAGAAAGAGAAGUUAUGUUAUGAAUCUUUUUAAGUAAAAUUUAUUCUUUUCGAAUCUCACUUUAUG